UCGUCCCCUCUGGAGACAAUAACGCAUCUCCGUGGAAGAGGCAAACGCGGAUCUGGGAAUGCAGCGAGGAUUUAAUCAGUGUGAAAAAAAAAGCCGAGCAGCCCCUUCGUGGACACGUUGUCUGAGGCUGUGGUAGAAGCAAACGGAGGUUUCAUGUGACCCGACAUAAAAACGCAGCAGUCGGGGAAGGGGGGAAAAAAAAAAAAAGAGAGAUGUUAUUUAUCGUCGAGCCGCGGCUUCUGUUAAACCCCGGUGCUUAGAAAUAUCGCAUUAGACUUUAUCUCGGCGGAGUUUAUUUUAUUUUAUUUUCCCGAGUGAAAGAGCCCCGAUAAAAUUAAAUAUACAAGAGAUACGAUUAAAUAUACAGUGGAUGUCAACGGGCCAAACAAAACGCACAGUGGCUCCUCGCAAACUCUUGGCUGCGGGGAGAAGUCUCCCUGGCUUUUUAAAGCCUUUUUAAAACCCGUGUGCCGCUGGAUUGAGCCUCACCCAGCAGAUUAUUUUCAGGUCGAGGUAGUUUUACUGGUUUUGAGGGUAUUUCUGCUCUGGCUUUACGGUGGAAAAAGUUUGUGCUUUGAGAAAAGAGAAAAGAGAGGGAAAGAGAUAAAAGAACCGUAAAAAAGGUCAGAGAGAGAAGGGGAAAAAAAAGGAAGGUUUCGUUUUGUAAUUUUAGGCUUUGGAAUGGUUUUUUUAUUUUUUUGGACUUUUUUAGAUCUUGGGUUGAGGGAGGGAGGAUGAAAAAUCAAAGGGGGAGAAAGUUGAGAGCAAAUGGCCUGGUGACGUGUUUGUUUUCCAAAGGAGGGGGGAAAAAAAAAUAACAACAGCAACUGGACUGGUUUGGGAAUCAACCUCUCGCCAACGGUAGCUCCAGAUUCAGGACUGCUGAGUACAAAGCCACGCAGGCAGGGAAGGGGGUUGUUUUCUAAAUACAACCUGUGCUUCCAGAGAGGGGGAGAGGGAGAGAGAGACACUCGGGAGCAGGCCAAAGGCAGCACAUUCUUGAAUUCGUGCCCCUGCUUAAAUCUGCUGAAAAUAUUUGCUCUGAAUUCCAGAGACAUUGUGAGUUCCUGUGCAAACAGCAAAGGGAGCCAACUGUGCCAGGACACGGUUACCUGGAGAAAACAUAUUGAUGUUUGCUGUGUGCAGCUUCCAAACAAACAGAGCGGGCAGAGGCCCUGCAAUAAAACCCACCAGACUUUUAAUUUGGGAAGGUGCAACGUCUGGCCCGUUGUUGUGCUUGUGAGGGGCUGAUUUGAAUGGGUCAGGGCUGAGAAAGCAGGACUUUCAUUCCUUUCGUGCCUGUGGCCAGCAAUUCUCCCUUCUGGACCCCGAUAUUGGGGUUAUUUUUCGUGUUAUGUGGACGUGGGUGUGUGCACGUGACCCACAUCCCCGUGGAUGCACCCACGUGUUUAACGGGGAGUGGGUGCAGAUAUAUUUAAUUGUGCAGUGCACAGAGAAAUACAGGAGGCAAUAGAUGGGUGCAGAUGAGACCAGGUGCACUUUUGGAGCACGUUGUGCAUCCUGGCUGGGGGGGAAAAAAAAAAAUAAAAAAAAAAGGUGCAACCAACAGCCAACCAAACCAACCAGGAAAACUGUGUGUGUGUGUGUGUCCCCCCCCCAAAAAAAAAAAAAAAAAAAUCAGCUCAACUUUUGCACUGUGACAUUUGUUGGAGCCUCCUUAGGCUGCACACGGGACGAAAUCUGCUCCAAGCAUCUGUUCCUCCCGUUCUGCGGGACCCUAUUCAUGUCAUGGGCCUUUCAGGCCCCAAGAUGGAUUCAUGGGCCGGGGACUAUUAUUGUGUGUUUUCUCCUAACCUUUCAGGUCAGCUUCCAAUAGACAGCUGGAAACGGCCUGUCACGUGGCCUUGGGGUGCCAAUGUUCUGCCAUAGGGGUGUCAAGACCCUGGUAGCCGGAAAAAUCGUUUUGGGGAGCCCCAGAGAUGCAGAAGACCACGUACUACGACGGCUCCACGCUCUUCGGGGGCGGCUACUCCUCCUACGGGAGCGCCAACGGCUUCGGCUACGAGGGUCCCCAGCAGCCCUUCCAGGCGGCCUCUCACGUGGAGAGCGACUUCCAGAGGGCUGCCUGCUCCCUCCAGUCUCUUGGCAACACGAGCAAAAGUAAAGAGCUGAACGGGAGCUGCAUGAGGCCCAGUUUGCCCCAGGAGCACCACCCGCCCCCGCCCGUGUCGCCGCCCCCCAACCCCGCCGGCAGCGCCGGCGGCAACGGCAACAACCAGCCCGGGGGAGGCAAAAACGCCCCCGGCAAGGCCAACCUGGGCGCCAGCGCCAGUCUCACCAAGCAGAUCUUCCCCUGGAUGAAAGAGUCGAGGCAAAACUCCAAGCAGAAAAACAGCUCCCCCAGCGCAGAAACCUGCGGCGGCGAGAAAAGCCCCCCGGGCUCCUCGGCCUCCAAGAGGGCCCGCACGGCCUACACCAGCGCCCAGCUGGUGGAGCUGGAGAAGGAAUUCCACUUCAACCGCUACCUGUGCCGGCCCCGGCGCGUGGAGAUGGCCAACCUGCUGAACCUCAGCGAGAGGCAGAUCAAGAUCUGGUUCCAGAACCGGAGGAUGAAGUACAAGAAAGACCAGAAGUCCAAAGGCGUGGGGUCCUCCUCCGGAGGGCCUUCCCCCACGGGCAGCCCGCCCCAGCCCGUGCAAUCCUCCGCCGGCUUCCUCAACGCCUUGCACGCCAUGGGCGGCAGCUACGACGCCCCCUCGCCGCCUUCCUUCAACAAACCCCACCAAAAUGCCUAUGCCAUGUCCAGUAACUACCAAAACCCCAUCAAAGGCUGCCCCUCCCAACAGAAAUACGCCAACACGGCCCCCGAGUACGACCCGCACGUGCUCCCGGGCAACGGGGUGGCCUACGGGACUCCCAGCAUGCAGGGCAGCCCCGUCUACGUCGGAGGGAACUAUGUGGAUUCUAUGCCCGCCUCCGGCCCGGCCCUGUACGGCCUCAACCACCUGCCACACCACCAGGCUGCCAGCAUGGACUACAACGGGCCCCCCCAGAUGCCCCCGAGCCAGCACCACGGGCCGUGCGAGGGCCACCCCACCUACACAGACCUUUCCAGCCACCACGCUUCUUCUCAGGGCAGAAUCCAAGAGGCGCCCAAGCUCACCCACCUGUGAUAGGGGGCCGGGCUGGAGCAGCUGGGACCCCCUCCGUGGGGCGGGGGAGAGGG